UCGACAUAUAUGCGGUGAGAACGCGCCUCCUGUCUCAGUGCUUGACAGGCCGGCAAGCUAUUAGGAUCCAUCUGCAAGUCCGCCAACGGACCGCUGUUGCUCUUGCCGUCACGUACGAUCGUCCUCUUCAUCUUUCUUCUCGAGAACCCGCUUUAGCUUCCCUCAGGUGACGGCGAUCAGCGCGAAAGACUGGUCCCAGUAAGUAGUUACGGACACGCAGCAACAGUCACACGGUGGUGCCGGCCGAGUCCCGGAAGUACAAAGGAACCAUCGACGAGGAGUCGCACGGCGAGGAGAAAGACAGGCAAGUAGAAUCGGUCGAUCAGAGACCCUCCGAGGGAACCAGCUCAGAUCUGGCGCCAUGACGCCUUGGACACGUCCGAUUGAGAAUAGGGCCUGUCACUGAAAGAGUGCGCGGCGACCGCGCGUGUCUCGGAAUGACAGUAGGCUGGCGCCGGGACUGAAGGUCACGAGGAUGCAACUGACCGCAUAACCCGGCAGGUUAAUCGGCAGAACGCUCAGCACCAAGUCCCCCGAGACACCCAAGUGCCUUCUGUGAUUCUCUCGCGCGGUGAUCGGUGUGCGUGAGAACGUUUCUGGUGAAUCCGAAAGUGGAACGGAUUUUGCUCUCGCCGACCGCUCUCUGGUAAGUACCUCCCGAUCGCACCGUCGCGAGCACGUCCCUCGAUUCCUGAAAUCCGCUGAGAAGUCGCGAGGUCUUCGAGCUCCACGGAUAGUUGGAUAGCCUUGUGACGGAGGAGGGAAGAAAGCGAAACUGGAUCGCGUGGAUCACGACUGUGAUCGAGGCCGGUUGCCCAGUUCCGGCGGAGCAGCGACACUAGGGCGGCGCAACCAGCCAGGGACCAGGAAGUUUCUGGUAGCGGAGAACGUAUGGUUGCGUAAGUUCAGGAAGAAGCUGGCAUUGCGAGAUAAGCGACGAAGAAAGAGACUUCUCUCGCGGAAGAAGCCGGAGCUGCGCGGAGGCGAAUAGAGGCGGAUAACCGAAGAGUUACGGUGAGACCGUUCCGGAAGAAGAAAUAAGGAAGAUUCGCGAGAGAAGAGAAAGUUGCUGAAAUCGAGUGACACGAAAGAAGAAGAAGAAGAAGAAGGAAAUCGCUGAAGAAAGAGAAAGAGAGAGAGAAAGAAGAGCAAUAGAAGCUCCUAGUUUCAUCCCAAGAGAAGACAAGGACUCAGUGAGGAGAAGUGACGAUGCUAUCGGCGAUCUGAUUAUUCUUCUUACAACGAAGGCCGAUAGUAGUUGAUCCGAUCAAGGGCGACCUUGAAGAAGAUGGUCACGAGGGCGCUGCUGCUACUCUCGCUGGUCCUCCUCGGUGCCUUCAACGCCCCCGGCAUCGAGAGACCUCAUGUCCGACACCUGGCGAUGGCCGGUAACGCCUGCAGCGCCUGCAGGAUGCACGAGGAGAUCCGCGCGUUGAGUCUGGAGGUCAUCAAGGAGCAGAUCCUGAACAAGCUCGGCUUGAAGCAGGCGCCCAACAUAACGGGCCGGGCCCUGCCGAGGAUCCCGCCAAUCUCGAAGCUGAUGGACAUGUACGGGAUGCAGGCCGAUCAACCGCCCGAGCCUGAGUCUGGUAUCAUGCAUCACGAGGAGAUCGACGAGUACGCCGCGAAGACGGAGAGCGUCGUUGCCUUGGCGCAACCUCAUCAAAGGUUAAGGCACUGGAAGAACGGCAACCUAGACGUGUUAUACUUCAAGUUCUCCGACAAAGUGGUGCAGCAUCGUGUCACCAGGGCAGAAUUAUCCUUGUGGAUAUGGGGCACGAGUAAGGAAGGCGGGCAGCUUGGCGAGCCGCUCGGCUUGGAGAACACGAAGAAUUACGAAGUGGUGACGAUCACGUUGCAAAGGAUCCUUCGUGGUGCGGGCGAGUCGGGUCAGCCGCAGCUAGGGCCAGCCUUUACCACGAAGCACCCUCGGCCGAUCGGCCGCCGGGGUAUUUGGGUAACGAUCGAGCUCAGACGAAUGGUGGCCGAGUGGUUCAAACAUCCCAGGGAUAAUCUGGGAGUGGCGUUGAAGGUCAUCGGCUCUGAUGGCACUCAUCGCAGAAAUUCCUGGUUGGUCGAGACCAAUCCCGGAGCGGAGCACGCGCCGUAUCUCGAAGUACAGACGCAGGAGCUCGACUCGCGACGGGGCUCCAGGAUCAAGCGGAACGUGGGAUUGAAUUGCGACGAGAGCAGCCAGGAGACCAGGUGUUGCCGGUACAAGCUGACGGUGGACUUCGAGAAGUUCGGCUGGGACUGGAUAAUCGCACCCAAAAAAUACGAUGCCAAUUACUGCUCGGGCGACUGUCCGAUGGCCUUUCUGCCGGCCUAUCCGGUCACGCACAUCGUCGGCUUGGCGGAACCGCCGAACAACACCGGUCCGUGCUGCGCACCCAGGAAGCUGUCCGAAAUCACGAUGCUGUACUUCGACAACGAGUACCAGAUCGUGUUCUCGCGGUUGCCGGGCAUGGUCGUUGAGCGUUGCGGAUGUUCAUAGUCCACCUUCGAGCCCGAAAGAAUGAACCUGACGGGGACGACGCCGAGAGUGUCGCACGAAACGACAUCUCGACGCACAGUGGUUUAUUUACGAAUUUUGCGGGACAAUAUUUAUGAGGAAACAAAGUCGUGUUUAUAAUUUAUGUAAUAUUGUUUAUGUAAAAAAAAAACCAUGUACAAUAAAGGGAAACAUUAAAACACUAAAAUUUAUUAUGAUCAAUAUUAUACGUAGCUAAUCAGAGUCGGAAGUGUCAAAUCACUAUGUGCCUCAAAAAAUGACUAUUGUAUCAGGAGCAUUAAUGAAAUUUAAAAUCGCAACUCUUCAGCCGGUCAAACAGCUCUCUCCUACUAACGUGAAAUUGUCUACUUGCAAAAGAAAGAAUAUAUUUAUUAAGUUCAUGAAAAAAAGCACAUUAAGCUACCAUCAAUUAGAUCUACACGAAUGAUUUUAUAAAAUAAAACCAUUCUCAUGAUAUAUAAAGGUGUA